GUAAAAAUAUAAAAACAAAAUAAAGAAAAUAUUUUAAAAGUAAUAAAUAAACAACUAAUAAUUAUAUAUUAAAAAUAAUUUUUUAUUGUUAUAAAUUAAAAAAAAAAAAAUAAAAUUGACCAAUGAAAUUCAGUUGAGUCCAAAAUUCAAUGUUCCCUUAAUUGGUGAAAAGUGUUUUAUAAAUGGAAUUGUUUGUUUCAAUUAUUUAAUUUAUAAAAUAAUUAUUGAAAAAAAGCAGUGGAAAUCCAAAUUUGGAUUUAAUUUUCGAAUGUUUGGUUAAACAUAAUUAAACACUUCUCAUGUUAUCACCUAUAAAUGGCGCCAAAUUCUGAAUUAACCUCAACAAUUAUGGAAACACCUGUAGAAGAAAUGUCAACGAAUACGGAUAUAUUUAUAGUGAAAUAUCGUAAAAAUUAUUAUGAUAUAUCGGAAUUUCUACACAAACAUCCGGGUGGUAUUAAUACCCUAAAAGGUUUACAAAAUUCCGAUAUGACAAAUCGUUUUAUGAAAGCCCCGCCUCACUCGGAUGCUGCCAUGUAUUUAAUGCAGGAAUAUAAAAUUGGACCCAAGGAAACAAAGUCUCAAACGAACAAAUUAAAUGGUCAUAUAAGAACAGAAUUAAAGGAAAAUAUUGAAAUUAUAGAGGAAUAUGAACAUGAUGACAAUAACAACAGCAAAAGUGAUAAAAACAGUAGCAGCGGUCUAAUUGAUGAAAGUAUGGAGAAUAAAAUUGAAAACUCCUAUAUAUCUGAAUACAUUUGA